AUGGGAAAACGCAUCGUGGUCACUGGAGGCUCCGGUAAAGCGGGACAGCAUAUUAUCAAAUAUCUUUUGCAACAAGGCCAUGAUAUCCUGAAUUUCGACCUCAUCCCGCUUCCCGCGGAGUUGGAGGAGAAGGUUCAUACUCUGCGCGUCGACCUGACCAACAGCGGCCAGGUGUACAGCGCCCUGGGCUCUCAUUUCCGGCUGCAAGAGCCAUUCCGCGAACCCCUUGGGCUGGUCCCCGAUGCAGUCAUUCACAUGGCCGGCUACUCCCGCAACAUGAUAGUUCCGGACGAGGAGACAUUCCGCGGGAACACCCUGUCCACGUAUAACAUCAUCGAGGCCGCCUCGCGCCUUGGCAUCAAGAAGAUUGUGAUCGCCAGCUCCGUCACCGUCUACGGCGUGGCUUUCGCCGAAGGCGACGUCGAUUAUCCGUCUUUCCCGGUGGAGGAAACCGUCGACACCAACCCCAUGGACACCUAUGCGAUUGCCAAGGUGUGCGGCGAACGGGUCGCGCGUGGGUUCCAGCGCCGCUACGGAAGUGACAUCUACAUUCUGCGCAUUGGACGCAUUUUCGCGCCCGAAGAGUAUCAAGAGUCCUUGUUUCGCUCAUACGUCGAGAAUCCCGACCGCUGGGCGGCGCACGGCUGGGCGUACAUUGAUGCGCGGGACCUGGGGCAAAUGUGCGAUCUUGCGGUGCAGAAGGAUGGCCUGGGAUACCAGAUUUUCAACGCGACCAAUGACGAAAUUACGAACUACGAGGGCACGGCGGCAUUCCUCGCCCGAGUGUGCCCUGAUGUACCGGUGACGCGUGAAUUGGGGGCCAGAGAGGCUCCCAUCACGAAUCGGAAGAUUAAGGAGGUGUUGGGGUUCCAGGAACAACAUCAUUGGAUGAAAUAUUAUGAGUGA